GUUCUUUCCAACACUUCCUUCCUCCCCACCCGCAACUAACACCUCUUCUCCCCCUUACCUCUGCCCGAUACCGCCCACCCCACGCCCAUACCCACUACCGCUCAUUCAUAAAAAAAUGAACCCUCUGGCAUCCUGUAUCCCGAAGCGACGACGUCAACCUAUCCUACUGCCAGACGAUUCAGAAGACGACGAGAACGACCGAGACCAACAGCAAUACAAUAACAAUCGCUCAUGCAUGCCCUUGUGGCCUUUUACCCAAUGCCUUGGUCCUCGCCACGGUCGAGUAGCGCUUGGUGAAGAUGACAACACUAGCUCGCGCAUUCUCAAUCAGUACCUCGAUCCAAACACGACCGUUGGCAUUGAGCCCUUAUUAGCACAGCAUGCUAGUGAUUCUAUUGACGAUGACAACGAUCCUACAGGACCUAACGCACUUUUCUCGGCAGCCGAACCUCAUCGGUUUCUGUCCCGGAAUCCGUUUGCCACAGCUUCUACUACCACAGCGUUGGGAGGAGUAGGAGGACGUGACGAUCGUAGGGCUUUGCCAGAGCAACAAACAGAUUAUUUAUAUGAGGACGACGAUGCUCAGUUUUUGUCGGACCACCGGAUAUCGGCGGUUAUUAGUGAUCGUGCCAAGAUAACUGCAGAUGCAAGUAGCAAUUCUAGCAACAAUGCGUACGCUGAACCCGUGUUGAGAACGGAAGAAGAGGAAGAGCGAGAAAAACGAACGAGUCGAACAGUGGAAUACUAUAAUCAAGAACUUAUCGACGUUGCUCCGAAAACAGACAGAAAGCCGACGACAGAGCAGCAAUCUCGGGAGCUCAAAGAUAUGAGCGGUCCAUCAGCAUUGCGAGAGAGAGAGCUUGAUGAUUUCGGUAAUCCGUCGAUGGAAAGAGAACUCAAGGAUUUCGGCGAUAAUGCUCCAUCACCAUCAGCUACUGCAGAACGGGAACUUGCAGAUUUCAGUACCUCAUCACCACAACAGCUACCUGCAAAAGAGCUCAAGAGUUUCAGCAGCAAUGCACUAGCGGAGCAGGAGCUUGCAGAUAUCAAUAAUAGCAGCUCAUCAUCAUCGUUGUUGUCGUCACCGCCACCACCACCGCCAGCAGCAAGGGAACUCCAGGAUUUUAACAGUUCAUCACCAACGCCAUUCAUCGUGGACCGAGAACUCACUAGUUUAGAUAAUAAACGUGUCAACAAUGUAUCCACGAUCGGAACAAUGGCAGUCUCGACAUCAGAACUGGUGAAAGAACUAAAGGAUUUCAAAAGUCCAUUAUCAUAUGAACCAGAGGAAUUCGAUAAAAGUAUCAGUAACAACAAUGUGGCACCUAUUGCAACAACAACAACAGCAAUAACAACAGAAGCAGCAGCAGCAGCAGCAUUAGUACCACCACCGCAUGAAAGUGAAGUACAACAGCAGCAACCCCGAGAAUCGCGUGCACUAACUACAGAAGGACAGGUGGACGCAUUACAAUCCAUGUCGCAGCCACCGUCCCCAAGACCCGAGGCUCAUGAUAUGGCGAUUUCCCAGGAAAUAAAUGACGAGAGGUCUGGAGCUGGUACUUCAGACCGAAGGUCCUCCGUUGCUGUGGUUGCCCAAUCAAUUCUGGGAGAUCGACUAGACGAUUUCACGGAAAAACUCGCAUUUAUCAAGAAAAACAUCAUCAUGAGUCUGGAAGAUGAGGAUGGCUGGGAUGAAGAUCAACAGCAUCAUCACCAACAGCAAUUAUUACAAGGCCAACAGAUACAGCAACAGCAGCCUGCAGAUCAUUCGAAGCGGAGGCCGUCGUACGACCCUCUCAUGUCCAACAGCACAAAAACAACUUCAUCAGCUUCUUUUGAAAAACCACGACAUCAUAAACGAAGCAGUUCAUUUAUGGAGGUCGCCGGCAAGUUCAUGAGCCAAUUGAACCAGGCCGCCAUGGAAAACAGCACCAACCACAAUGGUAACCCAAACGCCGAUAGCCGUAUAUUUUCCCCAUCGUCGUUUUUCGCCACACUUGCCGACCCUGAAGGCGAUAGAAGCGACAAUGACAAUAUCUCCAUUACUGAAGGACAGCAUCGUCAACGAGAGGAUCUGCAUCCCUUUUCGUCUACUGCGCAACGUGAUAACCAGGAGCGACAACAUCACCAUCAUCAUCAACGCACAAUGAAGCCGUCGUGGGCUGAUGAUGUACCUGAAGAGGACGAAGAAGGCGAGCGUAGCAACAACGACGAAGAAGAAGACUUGUUUGACUUUGGCAAGAUGCUUGCGGUUGGCAAAAAUGUGCGCAACAUUGGUGAAGAUAUGGUGGGCAAUGGUCUUCGCAUGUUUAAUGAUAUGGCCAGUCGAGUAAAGAACGCUAACAAACAACCUGUGCCUGGAGAAAAUGACGAUUCUUGGAUGCUGGAUCGGGACGCUUGGAUGUAGGCAGUAAUGGAUUAUACAAUUGAAGAAUGCUCUCCUCACAUAAAACUACAUAUACUUUUAAGCCUCUAUAUAUUAUUAUACCCCGAACCAACCCCCUCCCCACAUCUAAAUAACCACCUUCACUCCUUUUUCUUGUGUAAAAAGAGAAAGACACAACGGC